AUGUCAAGACUGUUCAUCAAUGAUCAAACUACAUCAACAUCCUCUGUUGUCCAAACGACCAGACAUUACUCGAAGAAGGCACCACCUGUUCAAGAGAAGGUGGUCAUGUCAUUGGUAGAUGUGAUGAAGAAGUUGGAUGAUGGUCGUGUGUUGCUAAAGAAUACAUCAUUGUCAUUCCUUUCAAACUCAAAGAUUGGUCUGCUCGGCGCAAAUGGCUCGGGAAAGUCAACGUUGAUGAAGAUUUUGGCAUUCGAGGAUACAGAGAUGGAGGGCGAGGUAUUGCUAUCAAAGGGCAUCACAGUCGGCUACCUGCAUCAGGAGCCUGAACUCGACCCCGACUUGACGGUCGAGGAGAACAUCUUUGACAGCUUGACCGAGGAGAAGGAGAUCCUCGAUCGUCACGAUGAGAUCACAGAAGAAUUGGCAUCACUCACACCCGGCAGCAAGGAGCACAAGGCCUUGACAGCCGAGCAGAAGAAGCUGGGCGAUCGCAUCGACAAGGAGAAGCUGUGGGACUUGAAGCGAAAGAUCGCCAUUUCAAUCGAUGCCCUUAGGUGUCCACCAGGUGACGCAUCAGUCGUCAAUCUGAGCGGUGGUGAGCGACGUCGUGUGGCCCUCGCCCGUCUACUUAUCACAAACCCAGACAUCCUAUUGCUGGACGAGCCAACCAAUCAUUUGGAUGCCGAGUCGGUUGCAUGGCUCGAGCGCUUCCUCAAGGAGUACAAGGGCACUGUCGUGGCAAUUACUCACGACCGCUACUUCUUGGACAAUGUGGCCAACUGGAUCCUCGAGGUCGAUCGUGGCAGCCUCAUCCCAUUCAAGGGCAACUACAGUGGCUGGCUGAGACAAAAGGAAUCGCGUCUCUCAAUGGAGGCCAAGAAGGAGGAGGGUCGCAAGAAGGCAAUCAAACGUGAGUUGGAGUACCUGUCUGGCGGUGCCAAGGCUCAGACCAAGAAGAGCAAGUCUAGGAUUACAAAGUACAACGAGUUGGUAGAGGCGGCACCCGAGCGAUUCAGGGAGGCUGGCAAGAUUGCCAUCCCGCCCUGUCCACGUCUUGGUGGCAUUGUGAUCGAAGCCAAGAAUCUCAAGAAGGAGUUUGACGGCAGGCUGCUGUUUGACAACCUCAACUUCAGUAUCCCACCUGGCUCCAUCGUGGGCAUCAUCGGACCAAAUGGUUCGGGCAAGUCCACACUCUUCAGAAUGAUCACUGGUGAUUUGGAACCCGACGAGGGAUCGAUCAGACUUGGUGAGACAGUGCGCAUGGGUCACGUCUCUCAAUCACGUGCAUCAUUGAACGACGACAAGACUAUCGUGGACGAGGUCAGCGGUGGCGUGGACUUUAUCAACAUGGGUACCUAUCAGGUUCACGUUCGCGAAUAUCUCAGUCACUUCAACUUCAAGGGUCCCGAGCAGGACAAAUACAUUGGUUCACUGAGUGGAGGUGAGCGAAACAGAGUACAUUUGGCAAAAAUGAUCAAGCGUGGAUGUAAUGUGCUGUUGCUGGACGAGCCUACCAACGAUCUGGACGUCGACGUGCUGAGAAACUUGGAGAAUGCUCUUGAGGACUUCCCUGGCUGCGCAGUGAUCAUUAGUCACGACCGUUACUUCCUCGAUCGUCUGUGUACACAUAUCAUCUCAUUCGAAUCAGAAGGCAACGUCGUAGUCUUUGACGGAAACUACACCGAGUACGAAGACGAUCGUCAACGACGAACUGGCAAGCGAUACGAUCCCUCCAAGCUAAAGUUCAAGAGAAUACACACAGUCUAG